GGGGUUUGAAGCUCCGUUUCCCGCCACCUGCGGCUUCCACAGGCUGCGGCCUCCGGCCGAGGUGCUUCACCUGAGGGAGCAGAAGGUGUUCUGGGCCUCCUGAGAGAGGAAGAACUCAGGAAAAGUAAAGCAGUGCUUUCAAUGAGGGAACAGCUGAAGAGGGCUUCCGAAGGAGUCAAGGAGCUCCCAGUGGACAUUGCCUUCCAUUUGGAGCUAUGUCAUUUGCUAAUGGGAUUGUGUCACUGCAAAGAUUUCUGCUAAAAUUGGAGACAAAGGCAUUGCCAUAGUAGGAAUUGACAGAAAAGCUUCUGAGGUUGGAUUUAUUCUCUCUACUUCUGAACCAAUGAUGAGGAAAUGGGAAGCAACCUUGAAGCAAAUAGAAGAUCGAGCAUCUCACUAUGAGAGGAAGCCAUUGUCCUCUGUGUAUAGACCAAGACUGUCCAAGCCAGAAGAACCACCCUCCGUUUGGAAGCUAUUUUAUCGUCAGAAUCAAGCUUUUGAUUUUGUUAAAAGCUGUAAAGAGAAUGUUCAUGUAUUUGCUUUGGAGUGCAAAGCAGGAGAUGGACAGCGUAUUUACCUUGUAACGUCCUAUGCUCAACUUUGGUUUUAUUAUAAGUCCCGAAAAACCCUCUUGCAUUGCUACGAAGUUAUUCCUGAGAAUGCUGUGUGCAAGCUUUAUUUUGAUUUGGAAUUUAACAAAUUGGCCAAUCCAGGAGCUGAUGGGAAAAAGAUGGUUGCAUUACUCAUAGAGCUUGUUUGUAAAGCACUUGAGGAGUUAUACAGUGUACACUGCUCAGCUGAGGAUGUUAUCAACUUGGAUUCCAGCACUGAAGAAAAAUUUAGUCGACAUCUAAUAUUUCAGCUCCAUGAUGUGGCGUUCAAAAAUAACAUUCAUGUUGGUAAUUUUGUGAGAAAAAUUUUGCAACCUGCUCUUCACUUAACUACCAAGGAAGAUGAUGAUAAGAUUCCAGAGGUAAUGGACCACGAAGCUUCCUGUUUUUCUGAUGUACCAUUAAAACAAGAGAUUUUGGAGGCCUGGGAGAAGCCAGGCUUGCCUGAGCAAUACAACCCUGAUCUUUCAUUUUUAGUUGUGAAGAAUAACAUAGGAGAAAAGUGUCUUUUUGUAGAUUUAGGUGUUUAUACAAGAAACAGAAACUUUCGACUGUAUCGAUCAUCAAAGAUAGGGAAAUGUGUGGCUUUGGAGGUUGCUGAAGAUAACAGAUUUAUGCCAAACCAGUCAAAAGAUAUUUCUAAGGAAAAUCAGUAUUUCCUGUCUUCCCUGGUGAGCAAUGUCAGAUUUUCAGACACUUUACGAAUUCUCACAUGUGACACAUCUCAAGCUAAAAGAAAGCGGGCAGAGUAUUUUAACAGCACAGGCACUUCAGUGGAGUCCCUUGAAGGGUCCCAGUGCUCACCGUACCCUGAAGUUGACCAAUUUGUUCUUUCUUUGGUGAAUAAACAUGGCAUUAAAGGAGGAAUUCGGCGUUGGAACUACUUUUUCCCAGAAGAAUUACUGGUUUAUGAUAUUUGUAAAUAUCGCUGGUGUGAAAACAUUGGAAGAGCCCACAAAAGUAAUAAUAUUAUGAUUCUGGUUGAUCUGAAGAAUGAAGUUUGGUAUCAAAAGUGCCAUGACCCUGUAUGUAAAGCACAAAACUUCAAAUCUAACUGUUUUCCAUUGCCUGCUGAAGUAAGUCUCCUGUUUCUUUUGAAAGAGGAGGAAUUCAUUUCUGAUGAAGCAGGAGAAACCAGCAACUCACUGACCAAGAAUUCUCAAAACCCAGCAUCCAGUAACCUGUUAGCAGGCGAGUUUUCUGAUGCUGGCUGGGAUGAUAAAGAUGAUUCCUGCUUUUUAGAAGCUACAGAAGAUGCGGAAUUGGCUGAUGCUGCAGACAGGAGCCUUCUUGGUUACAAGAGUGCAAUGGACGAUAUUCCUGAUGAACUAAUUAUAGAAGCAUUACAGAGUAGUAGCUAACUGUGGAUAGGACUUACAUAAUGAGGCUACAAUUUGCUUGCAGCCUGAGAUUUAUUACAUAAAUGUUAAAUUAGCGCUGGGGCUAUAUAGCCCAAGGGUAAAAUACCAUGUGCAAUGCCCUGCAUUUAAUCCUCAACACCAUAACAAACCAAAUUAUAUUAACUUAUUAUAAACCUUAUUUAUAGCAACUGUUUUUUAUCACUUAGUUUCUAAUAAUAAUUUGCUUCUUACCUGAGCCAAAAUUAUCGUGUAUGCACUAUCAUUAUUGUAGAUUAGAACUCUUACGUCUAGUGAUGACUAACAUCAUGUCAAUAGAUUUCAAUCAGAACUGCAACUGUCCAACCAUUUAUUUUAGAAGCCAUAGUUAAACUGGUGUUAUCUGGUUUCAAUGACAAAAUGGUAAUAAAUUCUGACGAGUAGGCCAUGCUCAUUUUCAGAAGGGGAGUUUGGUUGUCAAGAGUACGGACGGCUCCAGGGCAGAUGGCAGCAGGAGGCUAACUCAGCUUAUGGUCUUCUCAUUCCUGCUCAAGGAGCUUCCC